AUGGGGCGUUGGAGUGGAGUUAUGAGAGUACCACUACAUUCUAACAGCGGCAUAUUUCAUAGAGUUGGUGCAUCUCUUUGCCUUUCUUCUGAAACCAGAAAUUUGAGUGUGCCUAUAGCAAAUGCCAUCUUUUUCUGUGGUGAUCGAGUUGAGAGGACCAGUAAUCCAGUAAUUGAGAAGCUAUCAGAUUUACAGAAACUAUCUGAAAUUGUUGUGUCGAAAUUCGGUCCUUCCAUCAAUGCUUGGGUUAUUGAAGCUUCUAUUUUUAAUGGACCUUUUGCUGUCUACAAAGAUUUUAUACCAUCUGUGAAUCAAUACGGAGAGCCAGGAUCGUACAAUCCAAUUGGAUUCUCAGCAUCUACAUCAACCGUCUCACUUCUAUCUAAUUGUCUUGAAGAAGUAAGAAAAAUCGUCUCAGGAAGGCAAGUAGAGACUCCUUCCUGUAGUUUUCAUCAGCCUAAGACUUUCAUCCUUGGAUUUAGCAAAGGUGGAACUGUACUUAAUCAAAUAGUUACCGAACUUGGCUUCUUGGGUAGUGGAUUUAAUGUGAAUUCAGCUGAGGAGAUUUGCAUAAUACCCAAAACAAAGGAAGCCUUACUAAACAGCAUCAGUGAGAUUCAUUAUGUUGAUGUCGGUUUGAAAUCGACUGGUGCAUACUUAACAAACCAUGAUACAUUUGAGAGAAUUGCAAAAAGACUAAUGCAAGGAGCUCAUCAAAUCUGUUUUGUUCUUCAUGGAACGCCGAGACAAUGGACUGACAAACAGGGGCAUUGGAUACGGAAGGAAAAGGAUGAAAUGACGCUUCUGUUUGAAUCGGGAGCCGAAAAAAGCGGGGGAAAGUUAGAAGUUAUAUCAAGUUGUUGGGGGCAGAAGUUUGUAGCAAAGUCUUUAUGCAUUGGUAUAUUUGGAAACAAGUAUAUUGAUCACCACGCAGAAUUCCGUAAAGAAGAAAAGAAGCGCAAGGAAGAAGAAUUAAGUUCGGGAUUGGGGGUGAAGAAAUGGAAGAUCAGCGUGCGAAAGGUUGGGAUUGGUGUUAAGAAUUGCAAGGUCGGCAUAGGAAUGAAGACAACUGCGGAGAUGUCAAUGAUGUUCUUAGCAUUACUUCAGAUAGGUUUUAAGGCGAGAAACUCAUUGAGCACUGUCAACAUGGCUUUACCUGGGAAGCAUUAUGGUGCACCAUCAUAUAAGGAUGUAAAGACAUCAAAGGGUACAACAGAUAACAUUGUUGAUCAUGUAGUGCAGCCUUCAAGUGUUGAUAACAUGAUUCCUCCACCUACACUUGAAACUACAUUAGAUCAACAAGACAUACCAAAAACUUCAUCAAAUUCAGAUGCAAAACAAGACAUGAUUAAAACUGCAACAGAUGCACAUCUACUCACAACUAAGGGAAAUUAUUGUGCCUUGUGUAAAAAAGUUCAUGAUUAUUGA